CUAUCAAAGUCACUGUUGCUGUCAUUUGCAUCUGUGCUGGCAGACUAAAAAUAAUGGGAACACAGCAAGCUUUCAGCCACAGAGAGUGCUGUUUGUUUGGCUAGUCCGGUUAGGAGGCGGGAAGGAGCAGCAACAGCAGAAGGGAAGGAAAAGAAGCAGAGACAUAAUAGGGAGUAAGGCAUCAAGGCGAGGGAGGGAGACAUGCAUGCAAAGCACCGAGUGAGUAUGUGUUGUUUCUAACUGUGAGGUAGAAGGAGGAGGAGAGGGAGGGAAGGAAGGGGUGCUUCCUCUUUAGUUUAAGCUUCUGAUGUAUCCCAUCAACCCCAGACCGUCAACAGGAAACCUUGGUAUAAAAAGCUGCAUUGCAGGGGGAAUCCUCCUAAGUGUCUCUCAGCCACAGCAUGACCAGGACCGAGAGCCCGAGAGAGUGGACUUAAUAAAACAAUGCCAAGCUUAAUCGUCGAACCACCCAACACACAGCGCUUCAUCAUGGACAGAGAUGACAGGAAGAGAAACAAAAACAUUGGAAAGAACUUUAUGUGCCGACUCCAGUGCAUGUUCUCUCACUCCUCCAGCUCUGAGAGGCUAAGUUUAGAAGAUACCCAACAAUGGUCACAGUCACUGGAAAAGCUUCUCGAGUCUAAAUAUGGACUGGCUACUUUUCGCAACUUUCUCAAGUCCGAAUACAGCGACGAGAACAUUGAGUUCUGGCUCACGUGUGAGGACUACAAAAAGAUCAAGUCUUCAUUCCGAAUGUCCUCAAGAGCCAAGAAGAUUUAUGAGCAGUUCAUUAAAGCAGAAUCGCCUAAAGAGAUCAACAUCGACUAUCACACCCGAGAGCAGAUCAAAAGGAACGUCAAGACUCCCACCAUGCACUGCUUUGACGACGCUCAGAAGAUCGUUUACGGGUUGAUGGAAAGAGACUCGUACCCGCGGUUCCUCCGCUCGGACAUUUAUAGAACUCUUCUGGAGAGCCUCGCUGCCGACGCCAUGAAGGGAUGAAAGCACGGCCAGAGGAGGGGAGAGAAAGGACAUAAAACCCAUAACUGGAAUGUUUGAGCUCCUUCAGGUGGAAGGACUGACAACAAAGAUGGAAGAAGGGCCAACCGGCGCAGCACACGCGUGCAGAGGACUUGUUCCUCAGUGUCCAGAAUCAGCCCUCAAGCCCCGUCACGGAAGUAUCUCCCCCCGACUCCCUGCCACCUCACACUUAGCAUCACACACAUGAGGACUAUAUAAGAAUGAGAAGCACAGGCAGAUUUCUCAAUAUCAAGCACGUAGUGUGCAUUUUCGCACUGGAUCAUGAGUGUGUGCGCACUUUUGACAGUGAAUGAAUCAGCGGGCUGGUUGCCUCUCGGUCUGACUGUAGAGCUGCGUAAGCAAACCAUUCAGUAGACGCCCUUUGGCCUUUUUUGGAGACGUGUUUCCUAUGCAGAUAAGGAUAGAGGAUGUAACAUGUCACGGUCACACUUGAGAAACUGUGUGUAUGCGUGUGUAAAGAGGGAAAGAGAGCGAGCAUUUUAGAUGUAGUGUUUUUAACCGUCACUGAUUCAGAAUAAGCUGUCAUGAAAAGAGCCGCCCAGUUAUGGGAUGACAGCACCAAGGAAGACAACAAAUCUAUAGAUUUAACACUGAUAAGCCAUCAUCAGUAAAAGCAUGCAGAAGGCCACCUAGCAAGAGCCACUCAUGGACACUUUCUGUUUUUUUUUUUUUUAAAUAAUGUAGAUUGCACCGAUAUGGGGUUUGAAAAACUGAUGAUUUAGGGUUUUUUUAGUUUAAGCUGUCUAUAGGCGUUAUUUUGUGCCGAUAUUUAAUAUCCUUUAGGGUUGUUUUGAAACUACAAAAAGUAAAAAUAGUUUGUUUCAAUAAAAAUAACUAUUAAUGGUAUAGUUUUGUGAUUGCGAGAAGCCUAAUCAUGUAUAUUUUUUGUGUGGGAUCUGAACUUGCCGUUUCUAGCCGCUGACGUCUAGCCUAGUGACGCAGCGUGUAAAGACUAAAAUCUAAGCAGAGUCCUUACAACGCUGAAAUGUCAUGAGUUGUGAUUUUGUUUAUUUAAGUUUUCUGGCGUGGAAUGAUUAUAGAAAUAGGAUGUCUCACAUUGCAUGCCGGGAUGUCAAAACUCCUUUUAUACCAUGAGAAUAGGCCUGAUUGCUGAUGUCCAAAGCGCACUGUGUGAAUGUACUCUUAGGGAGCUGAUAGUUAAGUUAACUUAAAAAGUUCAAUGUUGUGUUAUUUAUUUUUCAUUGUCACCAUUUGAGUACAAAGUUUGCUGCAGUGUUUAAGUACUUGUUAAACUUGUUAGGGAUUUGAAUUACAUUAAAUUAUUACAUUGAACCACAUUUACAUUAUUUUAUUUGCCUACCUGCAACUAAGUGAACUUUUCAGUGUUGUGCACCACCCUGCGGUGUAGGUCCUUCUCACUCACAAUGUCACUUUUAGAAUUCUGAUUACAGUUUUGUGGUCUAUUUAUAGAAGGCUUCAAGACGCUUAGAGUGAAACAGUUCUUAACGCAUUUCAUUCAAAAAGAAAUGGGAUGUUUGCACAUGGUUGUGGGUUUUAUGUUAUAACAGACAUAUGCAAACAUUUGCAUGCAAACAUGUAUGCAUGGGAAUGUAUGUACCUAAGUACAGAUUAAGCUCAUUCACUUAACAAAAUCCUUUCAAAGAUCACAAAGAGUGUUAACUUCUAGUUUUAAUUUCAGUUUAUGAAAUGACAUUAGAAAAAAAAAUCUCUAAAGAUAUCGGACCAAUAUAUUGAUUUCUCGCAGUUUCCUGCUAUCCUCUUUUUUUUUCAAUCACUGAAAGGCAUCUGGUGUCUUGAAAAUUAAGCUCGUAACAGAUAUGUGCUGUUUCAGAAAAAGGAAGGCACGAACUUCCAGUUUCUUGUGAAAUCAGACAUUGUGAGAAAUGAGAUUUUCUCUGCCUGAGUUUGUACCUUCUCUGUUCCUUCCUGGAACGUAGUGCAGCUGAACAGGCGUCACUGGAGCAGAUUAACAAGGCUCACAAAGGCUGAAGAUGUGACAUGAUAUUCACACAAUACACAAUAAAAUACGCAAUCAUUACAAACUUUUUUUUGUGGUAAUUUUAAAGAAUUCUGUGCCAAAUUUAUAAUUUUUCAGUAUCUUCACACUGGGCUUGAUGCACAGACUCGAUAAAAUGAUAGUGUGAGUCACCUUCAAGUAACGCAGGCAUUUAAUAUACUCAAUUUUAGCUUUAUGGCCAUCGCUAUCUUGAUUUUUUUUUUUUUUUACAGCAAAAAGAGACCAUAAUAGGGUGAGAAAGUGAACCCAUAAUAAUGCAAACUUUAAGUUUUAGGUUUUAAGUAAUAAAAUGUAAAGAGCUGAGCUGUAAAAAGUUUCCAUGCAAGUCUAUGUGGAUUGUUUGGAGGCAGCCCAUAGACUGUAAAUAAAAUGACUGAUGUAGCGUGCAGGCAUGAUAAGUGAAACUAGAUGACAAGUGAUUUUUAAUGGCCCUGAGGAAGCCCUUAAAAACCAGCUCCCUGUGACCACUGUAACUACUUUUCUGAUGAUUUAAUGGUCUAAUUAGCCCUUUUAUGAUUUUCUGAUUAUAAUAUACAAAAGUAACCUCAUGUUUUAUUGAUUAUGACUUGAGACAAUCCAAAAAGACCGCAAUCUCAUCAGGUUUCUUGAUAGUUUUUAGUUACUGCAGAGCAAGAUAUCAUAUUAUAGAUUUCUACACAAAUGAACUUUAAAAAAAAAAAAGAAAGAAAAAGAAAAUUCUAUACAGAGGAUUUGCUCUCUGCUGGCUAUUUGAAACCAUCACAGUUUCAAGUAUUUCCACACUGGGUUCACUUUUCAGAACUGGAAUCUAUGUCAGUCUUUUCUAUACAGCCUUAUAGGCCAACAUCAAGUGGCCAUUCAAGGACUUGCAGCGCUUGAUUUUUUUCAGUCCUGGAUUAUUAUGUGGUAUGUUUGCACCACUUAAAGGUGCAAAAUCUAAUGUUGGCAGUGCCUUAGGUCAAGUUUCUCUCUGUGUUUCAUUCCGCCAAGGUCUAAUGAACAGGCAGUAAUGCAUUAUAAAGCUCACAUGUGGCAUGUUACCACAUUAGCCAAUGGAAUUUAAAUUAUUACCUGCUCUACAAAGUUUACAAAGUAACAAUUAAAACACCUUUUGGAGAGCAGUUGUACACUAAAGCAGAGAAGGCCGCCAAAGCAAUGCUAACUGUUUUGGUCUCCUUUGAAGAUCAUCUGCAUGCUUAAACACAAGUAGCAACAGGGUUUGCGUGGUUGAGGACAGGACGCUUGUCAACACAGCAGCAGGUGAUUUGCUGUGGUACAGUCUUUGAUUAAAAUGCACCCCCAUCAACACUGUUGUCAACUUAAUUAUGUGCUUGUUUCACAAAUACACUGUUGGACUGGGCUCAGCUGGCAAAGUGCACCGUCAUGUGGGCAUGUCAACACUAUAAGGACAGUGCCUCGCAAUGGGGGGAAUUUUUUUUUUCGGUAACGUGGUCCAAAAAUAUCGGUACUGUGCAGCAUGUGUUAAUAAUUUCUUGUAACUUUUGACUAACAUCAAUGCUAAGGGUGCAGCCUUCAUUUCUACACACAGUGCAUUUUGCAUGCACUCUCUGUCUGACUUCCCAAUACAGUACAUGUCUGCCAUUGCAGAGUAUGAAUUCAUUACACAACUUUGGCCACAUCUUACAUUUCACAUCCAAAACACUACCGAUCAAUGUUGUUUGUAGUUUCCAAUAAAAGGAUUGAAAACCAGCUAAAUUAGCCCACAGUGAAAAUUUAAUUUUGAAAACGUAGCUAAAAAAUGUAAGUAUUGAUGAGCGUUGCUGUAGCUAGGAUUUCAGCUAAAUACAGCACACAAUAAAAAAAAAAAGAUUUUAAAGAAAUUGUCAAAUGGGUAAUGUAACUAUUUAAUGUUUUCUCAUUGACAACAGCUAGUCACACAGUUCACGCUGCAAAUAUUGAGUUUCCCUGAAUAAAAGAGUGCCACUCAGGUCAAGAAUGGUUGGUCAAUAACAGUGAAAUAAGGCAUAUUGCCGUCACAGUCACAUGUGCAUAUAUUAUGGAUUUUAUUGUGUUAGAUAUUGGUUGCUUUUGAGCUUCCCCUUGACAUGACAUAUUUUCCAAUAUGCAAAAGCUUGGCAUGAAAUUUGAAAAGGUUUAGAAUUUACUGGGAAACCUAUUACAAACAAGGUAAAAAUAAAUAAAUAAAAAUUGGCCAUAUCUACAAAUGCUUGUGAAUGCUGGCUGUUUGAGGACCGAAGAAAAUAAUACAUCAGUCAUUUCUUCAUUAGUCUUAAGUGGACAAAGAACAUAGUACUGUAAAACCUCUGAGAGAAACCCUGCCAAUAUUUACUUGGAAGCAUCAGGACUGUUUUCACUUAAAUUAAGAGUCACUUAUAUUUUUGCUACUGCAUGUCCUAAUAUGCAUUUGCUUAGAGUGCAAUCUGUACAGUACCACUGCUAAGGAUUGUAGAUGUGAGACAGCUUAGUUCAUACCAACAAUUUUUAAUAUUUAGAACCAAAACUAAAUCCAACUUAAUAAAAACUAAUUUGUGUGUUUUGCAUUAAGUCAGAAAUAAAUGUAAGAGCUUUAAGCUGGCAGUGACGCCUUUGACUUAAGCCUCUAAGGAUUUUAUACAUGACUAGAAGAAAGAUGCCAUUUCUGACAAACUGACUAAAGCGUUUCUUGUGUAAAGACACUAAAAUUUACUGUAAAGGGCAAUCCACAUUCUAGUAUGGCAUCUUUUUAGAGGUCUUUUGACAUCUGUGACUUAUUGUGCCUUUUAUAGUGCCUAUAAUCAUAACCAACAUGAAAUCGAAGAAAGCUCCAGAGUUACACGCUGUAACUAACAGCUAAAAGUUGAAGAAAACAAACUGGUGGUUUUCAUGUUUCAGCUUCAUACUUUAUGGUUAUUACUGUGGUGUUGAGAGAAAAGUGAUUGACUGAACAAUUGAAGAUGCAAAAUAAAAGUUAUUACUAUGUAGGUGACAUCAUCUGCAUAUGUGGGUAUUUGUUGUAGAUGCAGAUUCGAUUAGGUGUAGUUUUUACCCAUUUUCCCUGACUCUGUACUGGCCUCCACUAUAUAAACAAACAGCUUUUGUGUUUAUUUUAUUGGUGCCACAAUGAAUUGUUGCUGGCUCUGUCUGCCUCUUGAGCAAUAUCAUGUCCUCUUGUAUUUCUUUCAGAGUUUUUAUGGGUUAGUGUUGUCCUCUAUGUUGUUGACUGCCCGUACUGCCCCUGUGGACCCAUGAAAUUUAUCAUCCUCUGCUGCCAGUGACCAGCUACGACUUUUAUGACUCCGAGAAUUAAAUAUGUCCACAUGAUAAACAAAUGAAUAAAUAAUGACGAUAAAAAUACAAUGAGCAGCUUUCCAUAGUAGAAUGUGCUGAAAAUGGCAUCCUCUGUCAGCCCACCUGACACAAAACCUUUCGAGCCUUUGUGUAAGAUGUGCCAGGACCUGAGUCUCAAGCCACCGAGUUAGCAAUUAUGGAGGCAAAUUUAGAGCAAAAUGCUUGAGCUAAUGAAACAGGCUGCCAGUAUGCACCACUGUUUAUUUUUUUCACUUGGACAGGAUCACUGUUAUGAGUAAGCCAGCAACCUGUACUUCCUGUUAAUAUGCCAAAACAACAACAUAGCAGAAUCAGUUGCCAUGGAGAGGUUUUUGCUAUCCCAGGGCCCAGCAGACUAAGCAUAAAUAGACAGUAUAUACUAUUCUCGUCUUAGCUUUGCUGAUACAGAAAAAUACAGGAAAUAGGGGUCAGAGAUAAGUGACAAUGCAGAACCUUUCGCUUUCACUUGUAUACUCAAGUAUACUCAAGAUGAGGCCUAAAGUUGGGGACUUCACAUGGCCAUUACCUCUCCUUUCUGUUAAUCUGAUGGCAUCUUAACCCGUCUUAGUAAAAAGUUACGGCAAUAGUCUUACUUUGUCACACCAAAUGCCAAUAAAGUAUUCAAAUCAUCCAGCUCAGGUCUGGCUGCACAAAGGAUAGCACACAUUACUACAUUAUGUGUUCAAUGAGCACUCAGUGAGCAUACACUGUGAUGACCUCAUGUGCCAUUUUAUGUACUUUCCAUUCUUGGACUCCGAAAUUUUCAUGCAUCUGUCUCUCGGAAUCCACAGGGAACAUUAACAUAAAAUGUACCUGUUUAAAAGGCAGGAUGACAUCAGUGGGAUUUAAGCCAGCAAUAUUACACAUCCAAUGUCUAAACAAGGGCAUAGACAGACACUCACAGGAUGCUCCGCAGAUAACACACUCCACCAGUCAUGCUAUAGGGGGCACUUUUUUUUUUACCUUGUGAUCUCUUGUGUCACAGUACCCCAGUUCCACAGUACAUACCCCCAUGGGUAAGCACACUGGCAGUUCUUGGUACAUGCAGAAAAUGAUAGAAAGCUUGUGCCACCAGACAUUUUCAUGUAGUCUUUGACACAAGGAUGGUAAACUCAAUACCAAAGCAAGUCCAGGACCUUUUGUUUAUUUCUUGCCCAUUUUACAUCACGAAAAUAGCCCGAUGGUUUAGAAGGCUAAUAUUUGCUGAUACUGGUGUUAGCUACACCCAUAAUCCCAAAGCAAAUGCCUUGUGUCCUGUGGAAAUUACAACACUUGUGCUACGUAACUCCAACGCUUGAAUGAUUGGUUCUCUGUUAUAUGGGCUGACUGUUAAAAGUCAGUAAAGCGGAACUGGCUCUGCGGAGGCAUCAGCCUGAAGAAAAAAAAAAGAUUUAUCAAUUCCUCAUCUGAGAUACUAAAGCCGCCUCUUUAGAUUACGUAACUAGGAGAAGUGGCACUUACUUGUGAAUAGUGCUCAACAAUGUAUGUAUCCUCAUGUCCAGUGAAGAAUAAAGGAGAGUCUCUCGUACAAAUACAUAUA